CCAAGUUAUGACUGAUUGUGACUUUUGCCAGAUCCAUCAGUGAAGAGAGUUAUUACAUUUAAAGGUUCUUCACUUAAUAUAGGUUAUCUCUAAAACUCAAUUUUACCUGCAAUAAUUAGUGAGCUAGGUAAUGAACAGAACAAAUACCUGGGAAAUCAUCAGAAUUUUGCAUUGCCCAAUCAAGAUAAUAUUUUUUCAAUGGUAAAUAGAUAACUGCAAAUUCUUGACCUGCUAAAUGUACCAAUCUUGUUCUGGCCCUCAUUACAAUUUGUCCUAUCACCUCUAAAACUGUAAAAAUUGUCUUUGAAACCUGUUGGGAAGAAAAACCCAUUCUAUUAUUAACAAAGGAUUUCUCUCAGAAGGGUCCCAUUGAAAGAUGAAACCAUCAAGUCACAAAGGAAGUCCAUUACCUCAGGAGGUCAUGAAGCAACCUCCAGGAGUCCAAUGUCUUCUUGUGGAUGAUGAAUACUGGUGAAUUCCAGGGACUCUUCGUGGGUGUGAUGUGACUUUGCCGUAAUUGUUCCUUUACCAAUCUUUUAAGGAUAUUUAAUUUUUUUCUCCGUUAAAGGCCAUUGAUCAAUUAAUAUAGGAUGAUCAGCUUUCCAGUUUAGCUUUAAAGUGGCAGGUUUUGAUGUAGUUUCCAUCACAGGCCCAUCCAUUUGCCUUAUAAUCUUGGCUAGUAAAUGUGUAAAAUAUUCACUGAAGUAAAGAGCACCCCAUUUGAUAAACAUGUAGCUUUCAAUUAAAGAGCACAGGAUGGGCCUACUUGUACUUCCCAUGCUGGAAUACUAAAAUGAGGGAUUGAUAAACUCUUGUGUUAUUUUGCUGCUACAGAUCCCAGUAUGCAGCAGAAAACCGUUGGUAAAUUGUCCUGAUGGCUCUUUGCAGCUGUAUGAAACCGACCAGUGGAAGGGCGUGUGAAGGGGACCGUGAGAAAAGUGGACAAUUAGCACAAGUGAAGCAUCUCUAACAGUGAAAGCAACACGAGUGAAUUUCAUGGCUGUUUAUGGAAUGCUUAGGUGAUUAAACACAAGUUAAGUACUUUCUGUGACCAGGGAUGCACAUGGAUAUUUAGGACUGUGAUAUAUGUGGGAAGCGGCCAUGCAGCUGCCCUGAGGCACCCAGCCAGGAGCCUGCAACUAGCCUGAGGCAAAAAAGAUCUAACUCCUUAUCAGGGAUGUAUUUUCUAAUCCAUAAAUGACGUGUGGGGUGUGAAAACCCGACGCUGCUCCAGCAACCAGGGGUGGCCGGGAAAUGGCGCCCGGGGGCGGCGAAGGCCGGGCGGGAGGAGCCCGGCGGGGCCGCGGAUCCCGCUCUCCCUCGCGGCCGGUCACAUGCUGCGGGCGGAGCCGCCUGGGGCGGGCCGAGCCCCGCUCCCGUCCCGCCCCCGGUCCCUUCCCUCCCUCCCGCCCCGUCCUGCCCCGUCGUAGCCCGUGGUCGGUGGUGCGGAUGGAGGCCGGCGCUGAGGUGGAGCCGCUGCUGCCCCCGCGGCGCUGGCGGGUGGGCCGGGGGCUGUGGCGGGAGCGCGACGGUGCCGGCUCGGCUGGCGAGGACGGUGCUGGAGCUGAUAAUGACCUUCAUAUAAACCAAGCCAUAGUAUUUAUUGAAGAUGCAAUACAGUACCGAUCUAUAAAUCACCGUGUGGACUCCAAAUCCCUGUGGCUUUAUCGAUGGUACUAUUCCAGGACUUGCCAGUGGAUUUUGAAUUUAACCAUUACUGUAAUCUUGGCUUUGGCUUUCAUUGAAGAGCCUUCCUCACUCACUGUCACGUCGGAUGUGCGGUACCGCCUUCCGAGCUGGAAUCCUCCCUGUGGCCUCACGGAGAGCAUGGAGCUGCUGUGCUUCCUGGUGUUCAUGGUUGAUGUAUCUGUGAAGACUUACUUAAUUGGAUGGAAAGAAUUUUGGAAAAAUAAAUGGCUAAUGGCUUAUAUACUGACAUUAAUUGUUUCCCUCGCUGAUUGGAUUGUGUCACUGAGUUUUUUCUGCAAAGAGAGUGUGAGAAUAAGAAGAAUCCUUCGCCCGUUCUUUCUCCUCCAGAAUUCUUCUAUGAUGAAGAAAACGUUAAAAAGUAUCAACAGCACAUUGCCUGAAAUGAUGAGUGUUUUUCUACUACUGGCUGUUCAUCUGGCUCUCUUCACCAUGUUUGCCAUGCUGCUCUUUGUUCGAACAAAGGAUAACCAGCAGGAUAAGGAGUGGGUGGUGUAUUUCCGGAAUUUGCCGGAUUCCCUGACGUCAUUGCUGGUCCUGCUGACUACUGCAAAUAAUCCUGAUGUGAUGAUGCCUGCAUAUUCUAAGAAUCGAGCAUAUUCAAUCUUCUUCAUUCUCUUCACUGUAUUAGGCAACUUGUUUUUGAUGAAUUUGCUUACAGCAAUAAUAUACAACCAGUUUCGAGGGUAUCUUCUGAAAUCAGUUCAGUCCUCCCUCUUCAGGAGGCGGCUGGGAAUCCGGGCUGCGUUUGAGGUGCUGUCUUCCCUGAAAGAGACUCCUGCUAGUGCACAACAGUCCUGUGUCAGUGGUGGGGCCUUACUACAGGUGCUGCAGAAAGCUGAGAUGGAUUCUCACUGCAAGCAAGCCAUCAUGAGAUCACUCAAAAUGUGCUCCUGUGACCAGCUGUCAGCUGCCCAGUUCCAGAAGCUCUUUGAAGAACUAGACAAAGAUGCCAUUAAGCAACACCCUCCCAGUCCAGAGUACCAAUCCCAUUUUAUGCAGAAAAUGCAGUUUGCCUUUGGCCAUCCCUACUUUGGCUACUUGGGGAAUGUGAUAGCCCUGGCAAACAUUAUUUCUAUUUGUGUGGUUUUGGUGAUGGAUGCAGAUAAGCAGCCAUCUGAAAGAGAUGACUUCUUCCUGGGGGCUAUCAACUGCUUCUUCAUCCUGUACUAUCUGCUGGAAAUGUUGCUGAAAAUCUUAGCAAUGGGCUUGAAAAGAUACUUGUCUUACCCAAGCAAUAGAUUUGAUGGACUUCUGACUGUAAUUUUACUGAUUCUGGAGAUUGCAACUUUUGCUGUGUAUGGAUUUCCUCACCCUGGCUGGAGGCCCGAGUUCAUGGGCUUGUUGUCCCUGUGGGAUAUGGUGCGGCUGGUGAACAUGUUAAUUGUCUUCAGGUUCCUGCGGAUUAUCCCCAACAUGAAGUUCAUGUCUUUGGUUGUUACUACACUGCUGGAUUUGGUGAAAAACUUAAGAGCCUUUGCAGGAAUCCUUUUGGUGGUUUUCUAUGCAUUUGCUAUAACUGGAAUAAUGCUAUUUAAAGGUGCUGUUGUUUCCUUGGGAGAUACCAGUGCUGCCAACAGCACACAUGAUAAUGGCACUCUGCAGUGUGGGACCUAUGAACAACUGGAAUAUUGGCCCAACAACUUCGAUGACUUUGCUGCAGCACUGGUGACCCUCUGGGAUGUGAUGGUGGUGAACAACUGGCAAGUCUUUUUGGAUGCAUUUUCAAGAUAUUCAAGUCCGUGGUCAAAGAUCUAUUUUGUAGCCUGGUGGUUGAUCUCCUCUGUCAUCUGGGUUAAUCUCUUCGUAGCUUUACUUCUGGAGAACUUUAUUCACAAGUGGGACCGUCGCUGCCAGCGCGAAUCUCUUUCAGAUAUUGAAUACCAGAGGACGGUUGAACUCAUGUUCAGAGAUGUUUUGGAAGAACCUACAGAGGAGGAGUUGAUGGAGAAACUGCACCAGCACCCACACCUGCACUUAUGCCUGUGGCCAUGAGCGUGGCUCCGGUGUCCCGUAGGAGGUAUUGAAGAUGCCAGUAGGGAUGCACUUCAUCUGCAGCUCCAUAGUUUUUAUCCUUCUCUUGGACAUCACUGGAAUACAGAGGCACAGAGUGCUGAAAAAUGGUCUGAAGCCUACCAGCAACACGUGUAACUUUACCUUGCCUGGUGCCUGUGCAGAAUUUAGUAGUGUUUGUUUAAAGUGACUCCAUACAAAUUUGUGGCAAAGACUGAGAGCACAGAGGAAAAACAUCACACUCAGAUAUCAAGAAGUUGAUUAAAAUCCACACUGCUGCAUCACAGUUGUGGGUGUUUGUACAGAGGGAUAGCUCAAGUGGUGCGUGUGUUAAAAUUCAUCACCAUGUUUGGUGCCUCGUGAAAAGUCAAUCUUGAGAUCUGGGUGAUUGAUUAGGGUUGAAGAGAAAGUUCUUGUAUACUUAUGGUGGUUCUUAGAAUUACAAUAUGGCUUGUUUAUCUAGGGAGCCAACAGAAGACCUUGGGCUUCUUAUCUUCCCACAGAUAAAUACUAGUAAAGGCUCUUGCAUUAUAAUAAAUACAGAUGAUUUAAUUAAAUAUAAUCCAACCACUCACUGAGUACCUCUGAGUACAUCUCAUUAAGUACCUCUGUCAAGAUACCUGAUUUAGGGGAAAAAAUUUAAAGGGAUAGGAAAAAUUCCAUCAGUAACAAACAAUUGUACCCAUAAAGUGCAACUCAUACAGUAAAGUCCAAGCAAGCAAACUCAGUGAAAUAUUCUUGUGUCUGCAGUUCAUAGUCCACUCAGAUAUUUUCCAGACUAUCAUCUGCAUCAGAAAUUUGCUCCAGUAGCUUCUUGGUAUGCCUGAGGUGGAAUUCCAAAAGAGGAAUAGCUGGCAAGUUGUGUUUUGUUUUUACCUUCACCAAAGCCUGUUUGAAUUACAGGGAUCAUAGUGCAUUUCUGGUUGUUGAAACCUGCACUCAUUUAUUUUAAGAAAAUUCAUUUCUUGGGGAUCAAAAGAAAAAAAAAAAACAGAUGGGGACAAGCUAUCCUGUUGUGGGAAAGUUCUUAUCUGGUUCAUUGCAACAAUUGAAGAUGGCUUUUUAAAUAGUCUAAAGAAGUUCACUUAUGACUAAGACCUAAAUUUCUUGGGGGAAAGAAAAAAAAAAAAAAAAAAAGCAAAUAUGAGAAAUAUUUUACAAUAUCUUUGUCCAGCUUGUUGCCCCUGGAGGAGGAAGUGAGACAUUGAGAAAGCAGCACAUGUGACAGAUGCUGCUCAAGAUGCUCAGCACAUUACUUAAAGAUGCUCUGUGACCAUCAUGUUGUGAGUACUAAAAGAAUGUGACUGGGAUGGAACAGUCCACAUUUACUGUAACCACAUCUGUAGCCUCACCACUCUCACAUGAUGGCAAACAAAUUCCUGCCAGUUCUUGGAGUAUUCCUAAACACAUCUGGGCAGUGCAAAGCAGCACUGGGUUGGGGAGCCCUCCAGUUACCUCCAAGUGAGCUGGCACGUCUCUAGCAGUUUGCCACACAGGGACAGCAGCGUCAAUGCCAGAAACAGUAAAGCUCUGUUACUGCCAUACAUAGUUAAUUAGCUCGGGUGUCACAGCGAGCAAACAUGGCUAUAUUGCUCCUGGUUCUGCAGCAAAGUUAAUUGAGACUGGCUUGGGGAUCUUUGCCCCAGUGUGUGGUGCAGACAUACCCAGAAAUGCACUCCUAUUGUUGACUGAAUACUGUAUUUUCACAUAAAUGUGGCAGGAAUAUAAUUGCAGGGUGGAAAGAGAAGGCCAAUAUACAUUCAAUUCACUUUAGAAACCAAAUUAAACCUUUGACUUAACUCACUUCUAUACCAGCUCCCUGCAGGCAUUUCUACAGGCUUCAUUAGAGCCAACCAGAGGCCAUGGAAAAGGUCUUACAAAAGACUAGCCAGGAAGCCAGUCACAGACCCCGAUCCUGCUGCUACAGAACACAAUCUGCCUCUUGGCACCUCAGGCUUGCAGCUGCCAGGCAGUCUCCUUAUGUGGUCACUGGUGUUGGCUCGGAGGCUGGGGCAGAUAGAUGAGGAGGGCUGAAGGGGAAACACAUUCAUCACUGCCAGCAGCGAGUGGAGGCAGUGCCAAGUCACUAUGUAACCAGGCACAUGCGCCAAUUUGCUCAGUAAUUGGAUUGCUAUUUGAGAAAUUAAAGUGGUGUCUAGAAAAUUCUAACCUCUGCAUUUAUGAAGUAUGAAGUUUGUGACUGAGAGGCUGAACAGGGAGAGUGGAGGGGAUCAAGCAGAGGUGUUUAGGGAGAGCAAAUGUAGGAACUAAUGUGAUUACCUUCCUAAGUGUUACAGCACCUUCAGAAGCAGCCUGUCAGUACCAGAGAGACAAAGAGCAAGAUACAGUGCAGUGGAAAGCUAUGACAUUAUGGACAAGCUGUAACCCAUUGCUGACUAUGGAAAAUCAGUGAAGACUUGUCAGCUGAAAGCCAUUUUUAUAAAGAAAACAUCAUUGGAAGGCAAGGCUUGAUAUGAUUCUGUAAAUAAUUUUUCCCUAGAAAGAAAAAAAGGGGAUUAUUUUAUAUUUUCAGUGUUUUCUCAGAGCCUGUAAAUUGUUGCUUCUGUCUACUGUAUACAUUACUCUCAAAUACAUUUGGUGAACAAAUUCCAUUAAUCAUAAAUGAUACUGUAUUAUUCAGCUACAGGGAGAAUUUGUGAUUCGGUAAUAUGCUUCUGCCACGAAUUAUUUCUGCUCUCAUUGCACUCAAAUUCAGACUUUGCUUUGACUCCAACAGAAGCACAAUUACAUCCAAAAAUAUAGUUACACAAGUAGUCCUUCAGGCAUUUCAGUAUUCUUUGUAGUUGAGCUCAGUGGUCACCCUUAUUCAGCUGAAAACUUUGAGCAUAUGGGAUGAUAGAUUAUAAAUUGUUCCUAAGAUAAUAUUUGUAGUUUUAAGUUUAGUCCAGGUGCUAGUAAGUGUAUAAAAGUGGUGCCAGUAUUCUUCAUCACUGUUAAGUGGAAACUCAAGCUGGAAGCUCUGUAUUUAAAAUAAAAAAAAAGUAAAAAUCUAUGGACUCAUACUGAGGAAGAGCUAUUUGGAACCUCUGUGAAAUGUCUGAUUAUUUCUCAUGCACUCAGACCUGGUAGAAUGAGGUUAACACAUGUCAGAGUGAAGGCUAAGGAAAUUUUGAGUCACACUUCUGCCCCUAGAUGGAGUAUUCUGCACACUGGGUUGGUUUUUUUAUAUAUAUUUUGGGAGAAUGGAGCUGUGUUAGAAGACUUGAAAUGCCUCUUGUUCUGAGUUCCCUUUACAGUGUAUCAAGUGCUGCCUGUUAGGGCUAGACUAACUGAGUCCCAGAGACCAUUUAGAAGAGAAAAAUCAAAAUGAGGUUUGUUUGUAUAAUUAAUUGAACACUAUAAAGGCCACUGCACUUUCUUAGCUUCUCCUAUUUGUUGGUGAUAGAUAUGUGUGUUAAAAGGCAAGAAGCCUAUGCUUUACAAAGUGUCACUAAUUACUAUGAAACAUCUGAUAUUUGCAGCCUGCAAUGCUGGAUGUUUCUGUGAUUUUCAUGGUAUUGCCUUCUAUGAGUAUGCUGUGAAUGCCAUGGUAACCUUAGCUGCUUGUAAAACAUUUUAAUAGUGACCACUGUAAUAUAGUGGUUGUGUGCAAACAGCAUGCACCACUGCUUCAGAGGUGUUUGGAACACUUUGUUUUGGUCACAAUUGGAGUAAAGUGUUGCCAGACUUCAAGAACUGAAUCCUAAACUUGCCAAACAGGGAGCUGGAAGUAAGGUCUUCUGUUCUCCAACUCCUGUCUUUGAUCAUCUCUGGAGUUUCAUUGAUAUGUUCCUGCCCAGCACUCACAUGCUUAGUGAACCAUGGCUCCAGAAACUCAGAGUUGCUUGGGAAAAGCACUUGGCUGCAGGCACUGGAUUUGAAGGGGGUGGGUGUCAGAUUAGAAGCCAGCUUUUGAAAAACCUUGCUGGUUUUGCGUGUGUGAGUGAGAAUUCAGCUGCGGUCUCCUAGCUCAGGUAUGUUCUCAUGUGGGCUUCUGGUUUAGCCCACUCUUAACAGGAGGGACCAGCUGUAAAGUUUGUCCCUGAGAGCUGAAUUCCUGCAGAAUCCGGGAUUUUCGUUUGGACCUUUUUAGAUAUGAUGUAAAUGCCAGCAGCUUCCUAACAACUGUUCUUGAAGCUCAGAGCAGAAUUUAGAGCAGACCCUUGUGAGUUAGGGAAUUGCAUAAGAUAUCCCUUCUCAGAAGGGAAAGAAAAGGCCCAACAAAACCUUAGCCAUCUGACUGGAGUCCUGAGAAAUGCUUUCCAGCUUUCAAAGAAAGAAAGGGUCUUAAUUCAGAUUUGCCAGAAUUGUCUAAUUAGUCCCUUUAAUGCCAUGCACCUUAUAGUCUGUGCCACCAGACUCGUCCUAUAAAUGAGAUGAUGGGCUAAUUCAUCUUGGCAUCAGUGAACAGACCUUAUGAUUGUCCUCCUUACAAACACCGGCCUGAUUUUAGGAAAGCGCUUUGACCAAGCCUGUGUCCCUGCUCCCUCCUCCGCGACGGCCCCUCUUUUUCUGAGCGCUGCCUGUGCUUCUUGCCCUCCUUCUUCCCCAGCACCCCAGCCCAGCCCUUCUCACACACAGUGACAUACCUCACACAUUUGCCACUAACAACAACCUGUCAACUCUUUCUCUGCACCGUGCUAGGCGCCUUUUGUUUCUGCAGCCCAGCAAGCCUUGCAGCUGUUGUCCGAGGCCUGCUCCGACAGCCUGUGAUCAGUCAGCUGCAAAAUCCUCCCUGAACAACUCGGUAUUCACAGCUCUAAUCGGGCCAGCGGACUGUUUCCUUCUCUCUCGCAGUAAAUCUUUAUCACUUGCGCCCUGCUCGUCAGUUCGUGGCGCCAGCUUUUUGGGCUGGCUGCUCGAUCCUUUUCCCAUACUUUGCUGGGCUGUGUGCUCUGAAUGCUAACUCCAGCCUUGUUUAGACUCCGGGCUGCCUCGGUGCUGCAAUCCACAUGUUGGGAAGGUCCGAAUUCCAGCUCCCUCCACCUCUCGGUUUUUAAGCUGGAUGUGCAUUAGGUUUGUGUCACCCCAAAGGUGAAGCUAUCAAAGGCUCCCUCCCUCCUUCCCCUCCCUUGGCCCGUUACAUACUUUGUCCAUUUAAGUUAGUUAUGUGAUUAUCUCUCUGUUUCCUCCCAGCAGACUGUCGUGCUUCUAUUUAAGAGCUGUGUUUGGGGAGGAGAUGAGGGUGAGAUGCCCAGCCUGGGGAAGCUGCUGAUGGCAAGGGAAAGCCUGGGGGAACUGGCACAAACCCUAAUUUGAUUGCAUGCCCAGGGCUAUUAACCCUCCUCCUAAUGGUCCCCCCACAGAGGAGUCGGAAACACGUUUCCCCCCAUCCUGUUCCUGACUUGAUGCCCUCACAGUCUUUUAAAAUAUUUACAUCAAAGAUACUGAAUUGUGAAGCAGAUUUCUAGGAAGAAAAAGAGGAUCAGAGUUUGCUUCCUCAGUAUCCUCAGUUGAGCUGAGUAGAGUCCUUGGAGAGUUUAGGGUGGGGUGGAGGUUUCUGUCAACGUGGAGUUCCUGAAGAUUUAUUCUGCUGGAGCUGAAAGCACAACUUUAUCUGUGCCUGUUAGCUCUUAGGAUACAGUGUGUAAACUCCUUCUGCCUCCUUUGGGAAAACAUUGUGGGUUUUAUUUCCCUGUGUUUGGGCCUGGGAUUGUAGAUGACAGUCUAGUUAAACCUCAAUUAAACAGCACAUUUUGCAAGGAGAUUCAGCUAGCUCUCAGGUAAAGCUUGCUGGAGACCACUUUUUAAAAAUAUAAAUUAUUCAGGAAAGUUAUUUCAGUUUAUAAGGAACCUGGGAAACUUUUGUCUGACCAUUUGCAUGAGGGACAAAAAAUGAUGAAAUUUAAUCUUCUCUCUGAAACUGAAUUCAUCUUUGGCACUGGAAAACUGAUUUCUCUUUCUUCAUCGGUUUUCCCCACCUUUAAGCCUUUGUUUUAGCUGUUCCAGGUGUGUGCAUGUGCACGUGUAUGCAGGGGUGAAAAUAAACCCAAUACAGAAAGUCCUUCAAGAAUACAACAUGAACUGGCUUUAAAAAUGUUGUUUCUUUUAGCUUUAUGAGGCAGCUGUAAAGUAGAUGCCCCUUGGAAAAUCUGGGUUCAUUUCUGUUCAGACUUUCCAUGCCUCAGUUUCUCAUCAGUACAGUAUUUGCUUGGUCAAAGAUAAGCACGUGGUUAUGAUAGUCUUACAGUUUUGGCAUUGGUGGUCAAUUUGAGUCUGUAGGGAGGUGCCAUCCUGGUACGACUCUGUUGGCUUCCACUGAUGCUUCCAGGUGGGACAUGUUUUGUCUCUGUGUAAACAAACAGACCUGUAAACCCCCUUUACGCUUCAUUUGGGAAAAUGGCACCAAUUUUACUGGAUUUUACAGAUUUUGCCACCAAAGUGCCCUUCUGAGUGUGUUCUCUAGCGAAACUGAAUGUGUGUGAACAGGAUCUGAAUAUUGGCUCUUUUUCUGUAGGUUGUCCCCAAGGGCAGCAGUAGAAAUACCAUCUUCAAUAGUAUGGAGCAUCCUACAAAUAAGCUGAUUGUACCAGUUCAUAGAAUGGAAUCAUAAAGUAGCUUGCAAGGGACUUUUGAAGCCACUUUUUUUUUUUAUUGAGUGGGAAGCUACUGGACAUAGUUAUUUUGUGAUAUGAUUGACUUCUAUUUUUUGGAACACUGGUGCUUCACCAUGCUUGGGGAGAGUGGGAUGGGCAAUCCACCUGCUGUCCCCUGCACAAAAACCAGUUGAUUUUAAAUAGUUCUGAAAGAACUUGAUAUCCUUUAAACAUCCUUGUAUAUCCUAAUUUUUAAUUUAUUUGUUUACUUUUCAGAAAACUCAUUGGUAGCUAGAAUUUACAUGUUGCCUGAUAAGGUAGAAGGAAAUAUUUUGGCUUUAAACUACAAUGGAAGAUUCUGGGAGUC